UGCCGCCGUCGGCUUCCACAGGCCGACACGUGUCGUGCUUCUAUAAAAUGAUCGUCUCGCUCUCCUCAAUUGCUCGCUCCAAAACUGCUCUGUUUAGAAAUGGCGACGAAUGCUGCGAUUCGAACUCUCGCUUCCAGAGCUCGAGCUUUCUCUCCAUCGAUUCUUACCAGACAACUUCAUGCAUCUCCAGGAAGCAAGAAGAUUGUCGGAGUGUUCUACAAAGCUAAUGAAUAUGCAUCAAUGAAUCCCAACUUUCUAGGUUGUGCAGAGGGUUCGUUGGGCAUACGGGAAUGGCUUGAAUCACAAGGCCAUCAGUACAUAGUAACGGAUGACAAAGAAGGCCCCAAUUGUGAACUCGAGAAACAUAUCCCAGAUCUGCAUGUUCUCAUUUCCACACCUUUCCAUCCGGCCUAUGUCACGGCAGAAAGGAUCAAGAAAGCCAAGAAUCUACAACUUCUCCUCACUGCUGGGAUUGGCUCUGACCAUGUUGAUCUGAAAGCAGCGGCCGCCGCAGGAUUAACAGUCGCCGAGGUCACGGGAAGCAAUGUCGUCUCCGUUGCAGAAGACGAGCUAAUGAGAAUUCUCAUUCUUGUUCGCAAUUUCCUACCAGGUUACCAUCAGGUGAUUAAUGGGGAUUGGAAUGUUGCAGCUAUUGCUUAUAGAGCUUAUGAUCUCGAGGGAAAGACCGUUGGGACAGUUGGUGCAGGCCGCAUCGGGAAGCUUUUGCUCCAACGCCUGAAGCCCUUCAACUGUAAUCUCCUCUACCAUGAUCGAUUGAAGAUGGAACCAGAGCUCGAGAAUCAGUUGGGUGCAAAAUUCGAGGAAGAUGUUGAUGCAAUGCUUCCGAAGUGCGACAUUAUUGUUAUCAACAUGCCUCUUACCGAGAAAACUAAGGGGAUGUUCAACAAAGAGAGAAUUGCAAAGUUGAAGAAGGGAGUUCUCAUCGUGAAUAAUGCCCGAGGGGCGAUCAUGGACGCCCAAGCUGUGGCAGAUGCGUGCACCAGUGGCCACAUUGCAGGUUAUAGCGGGGAUGUGUGGUACCCGCAACCGGCUCCUAAGGAUCACCCAUGGCGAUACAUGCCUAACCAUGCAAUGACGCCUCAUAUUUCGGGCACCACCAUUGAUGCUCAAUUGCGGUAUGCAGCCGGAACCAAAGACAUGCUAGAGAGGUACUUAAAGGGAGAGGAUUUUCCGACACAAAACUAUAUCGUCAAGGAAGGUAAGCUUGCUAGCCAAUACCUCUGAAGAGAGCGUGGAUGAGGCAGGCUGUUGUUAUCCGAAUAAAAGGCAAAUAAAAGGCGUAGGCCAGGAGAAGAACAUGAUUUAUGGAGCGCUGUAGUGUUGUUAUUAAUGUGAGAAUGUUUUUGUGUAGUCCUUAGUUUUCUUUCAGAAUUAGACGUUGUUUUAAUGUAGAAUAAAGGAACGGUUUAUGCAUCGAUGUGGAUCAAACAAAGUUUAAUCUUAAAGAACAUGGAUGAAUGGGAAGCCAUGCGAUGUUGUUAGUAGGAA